UCCGUCCGGGAGGGGGGGCCGUUGCUAGCGGGCAAGUUAGGUUGAGGCCCCCUUUCGAUUCCCCCUCCCCUUCUCCUGGUUCUGCCUGGAUGUUGUUGUGAGGCGGGAGGGCGGCUGUUGAAGUUUGGUUGGCGUCGCGGGGGGCUGGCCGUGAGAGCGGCAGCGCGAGGCGGCGGGGAGAGCUACGCGAGGCCGAGGCUCCGUGUGCGGCCUAGCCGCCGCCGCUGCCGCCACCACCACCUCCUUUUCUUCCCCCCAUCUUCCCGGCUCCGUUCCUCGUUUCCGGCCAAAGGAACGGGAAGGCUCGAGUUCGCCGCCGCCGCCGCCAUGACGCUGGAGUCCAUGAUGGCCUGUUGCCUCAGCGACGAGGUGAAGGAGUCGAAGCGCAUCAACGCCGAGAUCGAGAAACAGCUGCGGAGGGACAAGCGGGACGCCCGGAGGGAGCUCAAGCUCCUCUUGCUCGGCACUGGUGAGAGUGGGAAGAGCACAUUCAUCAAACAGAUGCGGAUAAUUCACGGCUCUGGCUACUCUGAGGAGGACAAAAAGGGUUUCACCAAGCUGGUGUACCAGAAUAUUUUCACUGCCAUGCAGUCGAUGAUCAGGGCCAUGGAAACCUUAAAGAUUCUGUACAAGUAUGAACAGAACAAGGCCAAUGCGCUCUUGAUCCGGGAAGUGGAUGUAGAAAAAGUCUCCUCCUUUGAACAGCCCUACGUAAGUGCAAUUAAAACAUUGUGGAAUGACCCGGGAAUUCAAGAAUGUUACGACCGGCGGCGAGAAUACCAGCUCUCUGACUCGGCUAAAUACUACCUUACUGACGUGGAUCGUAUCGCCACCCCAGGGUACCUCCCAACCCAACAAGACGUCUUGCGAGUCAGAGUGCCCACCACAGGAAUCAUAGAAUACCCCUUUGACCUAGAGAACAUUAUUUUCAGAAUGGUGGAUGUCGGAGGCCAGCGGUCAGAGCGGAGGAAAUGGAUCCACUGCUUUGAAAACGUCACCUCCAUCAUGUUCUUAGUCGCCCUUAGUGAAUAUGACCAGGUCCUGGUGGAAUCGGAUAAUGAGAACCGAAUGGAAGAAAGCAAAGCCCUUUUCCGGACCAUCAUCACCUACCCCUGGUUCCAGAACUCCUCCGUCAUUCUUUUCCUGAACAAAAAAGAUCUUUUAGAGGACAAGAUCCUGUAUUCGCACCUCGUGGAUUAUUUCCCUGAGUUUGACGGCCCUCAGAGAGACGCGCAGGCCGCCCGGGAGUUCAUCCUGAAGAUGUUUGUGGAUCUCAACCCCGACAGCGACAAAAUCAUCUACUCUCACUUCACAUGUGCCACAGAUACGGAGAACAUCCGGUUUGUCUUUGCCGCCGUCAAGGACACGAUCCUGCAGCUCAACUUGAAGGAAUACAACCUGGUCUGACCUUGAGUCGCUUGCCCUCUGUUCCUCCCAGUCCCCCUCCCUUCUUCCCUUCCUCCCCACCCACUGUGCUUCCCACAUACCCCACCCCACCCUGUCCCAAUCUCCCUGGGGAGACCUUUUGUCACAAAGAAAGUUAAGACAAGAGAAACCCCACACAUUUAACAGAAUUGUACAGGAAGGAAACACACAAUCUUAAUUUUUAAUGGUGUAAUGAUUGCAGAUUGAUCUGUGGAGUGGCCAAAGGGGGGGUUUGCUUUUGUUCCAUUUUUGUCUGUUUGUUUCACUCACUGUUAUAUCACGCCUGGCCCACGGAA